AGAAGAAUAGAAAGCCAUAUAAGACCAUAAAAAACUAGCUCUCCUCUCUGCGAAGAAGACGAAGAAGAAGAAAGAAUGGGGAUCAGAUUUAUACUAAUGGUAAAUAAACAAGGCCAAACACGUUUAGCUCAAUAUUACGAAUGGCUCACUCUCGAAGAACGCCGUGCUAUCGAGGGCGAAAUCGUCCGUAAAUGCCUCGCUCGCAAUGAUCAACAGUGUUCUUUUGUGGAGCAUCGCAAUUACAAAAUCGUUUACAGGCGUUACGCGUCCUUGUUUUUCCUGGUCGGCGUCGACAACGAUGAAAAUGAGCUUGCGAUUUUGGAAUUCAUACAUCUGUUAGUUGAAACCAUGGACCGCCAUUUUGGCAAUGUGUGUGAGCUAGACAUUAUGUUCCAUUUAGAGAAGGCGCAUUUCAUGCUAGAGGAGAUGGUCAUGAAUGGUUGCAUUGUAGAGACAAGCAAGGCUAAUAUCCUCGCCCCGAUACAACUGAUGGACAAAACAUCUUAAACAAUUUACAGAAUAGGUGUUAUCUGUUUGAUGUUGGGUUUGGCAUGAGUUUGCAUCUUUGUUAAUGUUGUUGUGCAUUGUACAUUAAGCUUAUAGUUUUAAUAAAAUUUCACAUUGGCAAAUGAAAA